UGUGUUCUCCGGCUGUGUGUGUGUGUGUGUAUGUUUGGUAAACAUGAGUGACAUGCUGUUCUCUUCAAUGCAGAUAAGCCAAGAGUGUACCAGGGCGUCCGAGUGAAGACCACGGUUAAAGAACUGCUGCAGAGGCUCAGAGCCCGGGAGGCCAACAGCAAAAAAGUUAAAACGAUAUCCCCGGCUGUCUUGGAACUUCAGGAUCUUUGCGCGUCCACUUUCCCAAGUCGCUAUGUGGAACCUCAUCCAGCGGUUCCCCAAGCGGACACGAGCGGCUGUAACGCGCGAGCCCUCCAGCUGUGCACCGCCGCGUUCCCGGUCCCUGACAGCUCCUACAACAUCCAGAUGCAAGAGGGCACCUUUAACGACAGCCAGCAGCAAUUUGGGGACAUGACGUUGCCCGGCAACGGCUAUAGCGUCAACAGCAGCAGCAGCACUGGCGGCGGCGGCAGCAGCGGCGGAUACAGCGCCUCCCUGCCUCCCCUUCACACCUUCCCGCUGUCCUGGUGCCAUGGACUCUCCUCAGAUGCGGACUAUUAUGACCAUGGGAUGGCUCCCUGCUCCUCACCAGAGUCUCUGAAGCUCUGCAGCCCCACAGAUAACAACAGCUACUCGCCACAGGACUCUUUCUCCUCUUCCUCAUCCUCCUGUUACGACUCACCCACCAGGAUGGAGCCCAGCCACCACGGCUUCACCUCAGAGCACUACCACUACCAGCACUGCAACCUCCAGGACUGUUACAGCCUGUCCCACUGUUGGCCAGGCCAGCAGGAGAGCUACUCUGCCCCUGAACACGCACCUUACUACCCCUCCACAGACCACCUGUACACCUGCUCCGCGGAAGAGAACUAUUUUAAGCGAGAUUUGCAGAUGAGCUCCGAAAUGUGUUACAAUGUACUAUGAUGAGACCUUCAGCAGUAUUGUUUUGUCUUUAUUUUUUAUUCUUGCAAAUAGGAUGCUCUUCAAGUACUCGAUAAGGUGACGCUGUCUGCUUGAUGGUCCGCUUUGCAUUUCAGUGUGUGCUUUUGCUUGGGUAGAGUGAAUAUGAUGAAUGCUGAAUGGAUGGAGAGGCUGAUAUUUUUGUAUCGAUGAUUCUUUUUUUACAACUUAAAUUUAUUUUCAUACAUAUA